AGGAGACGGGUACAAACUGCUCCGGGCAGCUCUCUCGCGGGUACCAUGGACGGUGGGAAGUCGGGCGGCCGCCGCCCAGGCUCCGGUCACAGAGCUGAUCUCGAAGUGAGAUGGGUACAAGGAUUCACCAACAGGAAUGUUGGCUUUGUCACCAAAAGAACUGUCUGCUAUCCUUGUGGCAAUUACAUAAUAUUUGUUAACAUUGAAACACUGGAGAGAUCCAUCUUGCGGUGUCACAGUGGAAAGAUAGAAGCCUUUGCAGUGAACCCAAACCAGAAUGUCGUUGCUUAUUCUGACAGGCAGCUGAAACCUGUGAUUCACAUCCACAGUUAUCCAGGACUAAAGAGACAGGCCAAAUUAAAAGGACAAGCCAGUCUGGAUUACACCUUGCUUGCAUUCAGUUACACGGGUCCUUACCUGGCCAGUUACUCCUCAAUCCCAGACUUUUCUCUUACAAUAUGGGACUGGAACAAAAAAGUUAUUUUGUGCAGUCAGUCACAGAUGGGAGUAGAAGUGACCACAAUGAGUUUUAACCCCAUGAGCUGGCACCAAUUGUGUUUAUAUAAUGGGACUUCUGUUACACUUUGGACCAUUGAGCGGAAUAAUGAAGAGCAUAUUUUGAAGUCAAAGUCAGUUAGGCUUCCUGCUGAAGAUGGAAAUUUAGUAGAUGAGCAAAACAGCUUCUUCUCCCAUCCCACGUACAAUGAUCCUUACUUUGGCCCUAUUCUGCCCAAUUCAGCCAUUGCUGGCUUGGUAGCGGACGAAGCAGAAACAUUUAAGCCCAAAGAUGACAUUCAACCUUAUGUUCACCCUACUGCCCACUGCUGGACUCAAAUCUCUGAUCUGUAUAUGGGCUGUGAAGAAGGACAUUGUUUGAAAAUUGGUGCAGACACAUUCAAGGCUACAGUUAUCCAUCAAAAGCUUUCCGCAGAUGCUAAAGCAAAAAAACGGGCAACUUUUCGAUCGCUAUCACACAGUAUGAAAGGAGAAGCUGAAGCAAAGAAGGAAGCUCAGAACGUCAGACUGCUUGCCAUGGCACUUCAUAAAGAUGGACUCUACGCAGCUGGAAAUGAUGGCGUUGUGCGUUUAUAUAAAAUCAAAGGCAACAGUUUUCAGAUGGAGGACUGUCUGGAAGUGGAAGAGCCCAUAACAAAUCUUAUCUUCUCCCCUGACUACUUUUACUUAUUAGUAGAAACAGAAAAGGGAUCACUCUUCGCUUUUAAUCCCAAUGAUAAUGAAGACGUUAUCAAGAUAAUGGAUUCCAGUAUAAGCCAUUUUGUAGGAGCUGAGUUUCUUGUUCCAGGAAACAAGCACUGUGUGUCUGUAGCAGAAUCAGGAGAGGUACAUGUUUGGCAGUUGGAAGAUGGUGCUUUUGUCAGCAAGCUAUGUCUACAUACCUUGGUCACUGCAAUGGCCUGUAGCCUUUCAUGUUCAUGUGUCACGGCGGGAACUAAAAAGGGCCAACUUUAUUUUAUGGAUCUUACUGCUGUUGAAACGCCUAGGGUGGUUCACCGAGUUGCCAUUUCUGAGUAUCCUAUUCAAUUUUUGCACUAUGAACAAAGUGGUCAGUUUCUCAUAACAUCAACAAUAAAUGGAUAUAUCUUUAUUUUAAAUGCUCUGCCCACAGAAUCAUUUCAAGUCCUUGGAUACGUAGCAAUGACCAGUGAGAUUCUUGAUAUAACUUCAGUCUAUGAUGUAGAUAAGAAUUCAACUGAAGUGGUUGUACUCCUUUGUCCACCGGAGAUCAAAAGGGCACGAGUGGAGAUAUUUAAUCUUCCUUCAAAGAUUAUUCUGGAAAAUGAUGAGUGUAUCAAUGAAAGAGGGCAAUUGAAAGAAAGUGUCAUUCAGAUCCGUGGGUAUGAACUAGAAUAUGCUCUAAGUUCUGUGGUCAAGCGGAAGGACAGCAUGGUGUUUGGCUAUGCUAGCCAGGCACCUUUCAUCUGCAAAUACCAUCUUACAGCAAAGAUAACCUGGAAAGAUCAGCCAAUCAUGUUUGCAGAGAGGAUGACACCAAGCAAACAGUUUGGACGGGGUUUCCUGGAAUUGUCAGCUCAUGGCAGGUGGUUAGCUUCAGCUUCAGAGAGCGGCCUCUUAUUUAUCCAUGAUGCUUCAAAUCUGGAGGUUCUGACUCGUGAAUACUGCCAUUCGUAUCAUGGACAGGGAAUCAGAUCUUUGGCAUUCUCACUGGAUGGCCAACAUAUUCUUGUAAAUGGCAUGCAGGACGGUGCACUUGUUUGUCUGAAAUGGAAGAAACUGGGAGAGCGCAAAUUAAAGGAGGCCACUGACUUCGGGGCUUUCCUUCUUAGCAACAUACUCGACAGCUAUAUUUUCCAAGGAAACGCACACCUAAAGACCAUGCCAGAAUGGGCAGUGACUUCAAGUCCCAUAUAUAAGUUAUCAUUGGAUAGCAUUUCUUCUCAGUUGCAGAAGGCAUCAUUUAUUGAUACAACAGAACAAGAUGAAUACUUUCUUCUGACCCAAGCAAAAUCUGAAGAGACUACAUGGUUGGACCAGAAAGCAGAGACGGCUAUGAAUGUGGAAUCCAACAAGUUUCAUGGAAAGAAAAAAGAAGUAAAAAACAGAAUUAAACAGCUGCGCAAAAAGAUUCAGGAUAUGAUGUUUGAAAAUGCAAUGGUACCAAAAAAUGAGAUGCUGGAGCAAUACGAAUUCAAUCUGGACGUAGAAGAACAAGACAAACAGCAAGUGCAUAGUGAAGCAGAAGUGGCAAGGGUAAAGAAGGAUAUAGAGAUGGAAAAUCUGGCCAACUGCUAUUUACGUGAGAUCAUCAAACACGAGUGUUGGGAUACCAUGUCAGUAAAAGGGCGUUCAGUUAAGGCCUUCCACUCAUCCAACGAAGUUCAGAAUUACCCAAUGAAAGAACAGAGUCCAGAAGAACAGUACAUGUUGGAGAGAGUUUGUUAUUUAAAGAAGAUUGAAUCAAUAGAUCUAAAGCUUCGAAGGCAAAUCGUUGAAUUUCAAUCUCAACCUUCAGUCAUUGAAGGGGAAAGGACAGAGGAAGGGGAGAAGCAGGAAGAAGAAAAAGUAGAUGCUCUGGUGGGGAGCCUGAGUUCACUUUAUGGUGGAAAUACAUCAACUUUAUACCACCAGCUUGAAGUGCACACUCGAGAGGAGAAGAUUAAUCAAAUUCUAUUGCUACGGAACAUCAUUUACAAUGUGAAGAGUUAUUUCAAUAAGGAGUUUGAUGCAGUCAUCCGAAUGAAAGACUUAGAAAUUGGACGUGUGCAAGAAAGAAACAUUAGGAUUGCAGAGAUCCUGAUGCAGCUGGAGCUCCAAGAAGAAAUUUGGGUGCCAGUUCUUUCCGAGAAAGAGAAGCCAGAUCAAGCACUGAUCAUUCUGGACUCAGAGAUCAAAGUGGAAAAGUACUUGACCCCAUUGCAGAAAGCAAAAGAAAAAAUUAUGUCUAGAGUUAACUAUAAACGACGACUUGCUGCUCAGGAGGACAAUGCAAGAGAGCGUGGCCUUAUGGACAUGAUGAAUGGAGUCCUUGAAAUAAAAAAGGAAGAUAUUUUAAAGAUGGAGAUUCCAGCACCCGCUUUUACAGUAAAACCAGAUGCAUUGUGGAAUGAAGAUGAGAGAAAAAUAUAUAAAGAAUAUGAGAAGAAAGUUAAGGAACUGAAUGAAGAGCGAGAGAAACACAGAAAGAUUCUGGACACUGAAUUGAGGAAACUUCAAAGUUCUAUUCAGGAAACUACACAAUCCUUUGAUGAAAUUGUGACAAGGCUGUUUGAAAAAAAAGUCAACUCAGAAAUGGUUAUAUACCAGGAAGAACUCAAAAUAACUAACCUCCUUUACUCACUACUUUUGGAUGAAGAGCUGAGCACAAGAGAAGCUGGGCUCCAUCACUACCUUAAUAAAAAGAGGAAGGAAAAGUUAAUAUCUAAUGAAGCAGUUAAGACAUCCAGAGCAGAAGUGGACGCCCACAGAGAAGCCUAUGACAUCUUAGUCGUUGAAGACAAACUUAUGGAACGUGGGUUUAGAAAGGAAUUUUCAGAUCUUCCCACUCAUCAUAUUGAUCAGCUAUUCAAACUUUACAAACGUCGACCAAGGGCUCUCAGGGCAAAGGUUCCAGUGGAUUCGGCUAACCCCUAUGGUGAACGACCAGGCUCUGCAGAGGCUUUAAAGGCUGCUCUUGCCCAUUUAAUGAAAGGCAUUGAUGAAAUGGAUGAACCUGAAAACAAACCUGAGGGUCUUGACCUUCCCAACUGGGAACGUUUCUGUGAAGCUCGGCGAGCCAAGGUGGAAAGUGAACAGAUGGUGAAGCAAAAAGCACUGAUACUUGCAGAAAUGCAGACUUUCCUUCAGAAGAGGACUGAAGAUGAUGAGAGGUUACGGAAUGACAUUGAUCAAGUUUUUGCUGAGCUCAAUCUGCUUCGAGAGCAGAAGAUGACAUUUCAGCUAGAUCUGAUGGUCCAGUUUCUUCUUAAGCAAGGACAAGUAGAACUAGAGGGUACCAAUUUAAUACCAGAUUACACAGAUGCUAUUCUUAUCAGCAGGACCAUCAUUGAAGAGCUGAACAGCGUAAUCCGGGCUCAAGGAGAAAGGAAAGUUGCCAGCAUGGUGGAAAGCAAAGAUUUUCGUAAAGGGAUAUUUCAGCUGGAAUGGGAACAUAAAAAAAUGCGGAUGCAAGUGGAUGAUCUGAACCAAAAGGCUCGAGAUAUUCAAAAGCUGAAUGUUACCAAACAUCAUCAGAUUUUCUUAAAUGCAUUAAACUAUGACAGCCGAAUGAAUCAUGAAGUCUCAAUAAUGGAAGGAACACUUAAUUUUCUAGAUAAGGUUCACAAGAAAAAUGUACAACAAUGUGAGAAUGUCAUGAAAGAGCUAGAGAAUAAAAUUAGUGUGAAAGACGUAGCAAACCGAAAACUUAGCAAGGAAUUACAAGAAAUGCUUGUAAUUGUGUCAGAAAGGCGGCACAUUAAUGAGGCUACCGACUCACAGCUGCUUAACCAAAGGAUUUCCAAAGAGCAUUACGAGGACAUUGUGCAGAGACAGCAGCUUGUGGAUCUUGCAAAAGCACAGGCACAGGAGUUGUCAGUCCUUCAGGCUGAAGUGGAGAGGCUGAGAAUGAGAACAUUCCCAGCUUUCUUUGAUGUGCAAGAGAUUUAGCAAGGUGAUUCGGCCACAACUAGAAGCAAUAAAUUUCUCUUGUGUUAAAUAAAAAAGUGGGUUUUUUGUAAGCACAUUUAAGAUAGCUUUAGAUAUUACAUUGCAACUCAUUUUGAUUCUCAAAAGACAUUAUUCACUAUGUAUUUUACAAUGGAAUAAAAAA